AUGUUGUAUGAAUUAGUGAGCGUUGUUCGUGUGAGCAAUCCAUUAGCAGCCAAUGCUGAAGCAAAGGAACUAGCGACUACUAUUGGUAGAUUGAUUAUUCAGAAUAGAGGUGUUGUGAGGAAAAUUGUACCUAUGGGUAACAAGCUGUUACCUAAGAUUAUAAAGAAGGACCAAGAGCAGCAUUUCCAAGGAUACCACUUCCAGAUGUUAUUCGACUCGUCUGCGCCUGUGCAGUCUGAAAUUUUGAGAACUCUAAAGAAGGAUCCUAGAGUUAUCAGAUCAAACAUAAUCAGAUUAAACACCGACAAGAAACUAGAUAUUCCUAUAUCCUUCGAAAGAGCUGCUGGAAACGUUUCUUCGUUGAACAAGAGCAAGUCUACACCAUUUUGA